AUGAUGAAUCCAAUGAACUGGGCCACUGCGGCUCUCGCAUUUGCCGUCUCCGUGCAAGGUGCUGCCUUGCCUGCUGCAUCGGAAGACCUACACGGACGCGCGGAGCCGCUUCCAACCGUCGUCUACCGAGGCAGCGGAAGCUCCCCCGAUUCUAUCAAGGAGCGCGGCGGCUUUAUCCCUCGCGCACGCAACGAGAGCGAGCCCGUCUCCAACACGACCUUUGGCCUGCAGAGCCACCACAUCGGCGAGAGGCGCACCAUGUACACCUCAACGACGAGAAGCGUCCUCAUGGGCGCGACCUUUGCCCUGCAGACCUUUGAAGGUGGCUGGGUCUACAAGAUCCACCCGACGCCCAACAUGAUUGACCUGAACGAGUCGGGCUUCGAGAUUCGCUUCAAGAGGGAGGAAGAGUUCUCGGCCCUCGGCGGCGUCCGCUGGGACCAGAUCGAGGCCUGGGCUGAGGUGACCUACAACGGUCUGGUUAACGCCGGCAUGCACCCGCAUGAUGUCGAGAGCCUAGUGAACAUGGACGAGCCCCGAAGCCCGAUGCCCCCCCUCAACUUCACGGCCAACCCGGACUACGACGCCAAGAAAUACGACGGACAGUCCGCGAGCCCCGGACAGCCUCAGCUGGCAGGCGACGACGCUAACCUGGCCAAGUACAACGAGAAGACGCUCGAGGGGUAUGCCAUUGAGUUUAUGGAGAAGAACGGCGGCCCGGUCGGCUUCGACGGCAAGUUUCCUCUUGGCAGUCUAAAGACUGAUGCGCCGGCCGAGCCCACUACCGCUAGAGAGAUAGAAGACAAGCUUUGCUCCAACUCGGAUGAAGAGUUUGGCUUGACCACGGCUGAUUGCCGCACACAGGUUGCGCAGUGCGUCUGCGAAGAGGGCAACAAGCCCAACUUUGACUGGAGCCUCAUCACUGCCUGUAUAAAGGCCAAUUUGCGUCUUGUCUAA